UCCAGUUUGCACAUUAACCCUGAAGAUUCGAUCGCAAUAGUAAUUUGCAUAUAUAUAAAAUAAUAUAUUUUUUAAACUACUAUCUAUUAAAUAAAAUAUUUAUACAAUAAUCUAAUUAUUGAAAACUGCAGUGUAUUAAAAAUAGUACAAGAUAAUAAUUGAAUUUCAUUAAAAGAUGUAUCUUUUAUGAAAACCAACGACAUUGACAUCAAUAACAAAAUAAAAAGUAAAAUAGUUUCAUAAUACCAAUUGUAAGACUAUUAGUACCUUACACUGAAUGAUUAUAAAAAUUCGAUAUUCUGCAAGCAAAAAAAUAUUCACUUGCAAAUAUAAAUUGUACACUAAUGAAAUUUAACUGAGAACAAUGGAUACAUUUAAAAAUCCACUAGAAACGGUACAUCUCAUACCUAUUUUCAGUUAUUUAAACAUACUAAGUGAUUUUUUAUACAUUGAAAAUUACUUGUCAGAAACUGAUCAAAAUAAAGAAAUUCCAAUUGUAAAUGCACUUUAUGAAUAUAUACAAGACUAUGAGAAUAAUACAUUCAAGAAAGGUAAAUUAAUUAGAGAAUUGUUAAAAGGCAGCGAUCUUUAUGGAGCAAAAGAUGACGAAUAUGUUGAAGCCACUUUUGUUAAUGUUAUGUUUGACCACAUUAUUAGUUCUCUAGUAUUUCACAAAUAUGGAAAUAUUUAUGGUUUUUUAGCUAAUAUUUUUCAUAAAGUAAACAAUUUACAAAUAAAAACAGUAUUAGAUGCGAUAACGUUAAGUCUUGAAAAUGCAUCUUUUGAAAACGUAUAUGGCGACAGGUCAAAACUCAGUUCUUUAUCACUGAAAAGAAUACAUAACGACAUAAUAAUUCCUAUGUUUCCUAUUCCAAAAGACAAUCUUAGGUUAUUGUCUAUUGAUUAUAUUUAUGCCCAAGCUGGUUCAAUGUUUCUUCGAGCUGGUAGAAUAGAUACAAACAAUUACAUUAAAUUCGGAAGCAGUGAUACAAAUACAACUGAGAAUAAUUUAUUUCAACAAUACUUAAUAACAGGACAUGUAAUUGAAAAAUUAAUCUUAACUGAUGAGAAUAAUUUUCAAAUGUCUAAAGCUUUUGCUCUUCCAGCUCUAAUGUAUUACGUUUUUAAUUCAAAAUAUUUAUUUGACUAUGAAAACAUGGCAGAAUUUAUUUCAGAAUCUGAUUUCUGGCAGACAGCUUAUCAACAUUUAUUUCAAUAUACAACUAGAGCUUUUAAAAACAUUAAUGUUGAAUUACAUUCUGAUUACACAUACAAAAUGAACAUGGCACUUUCUAGUUUUCAAAGUACUAACGCAUUGAUCAAAUCUUUCGUGGAGAAAUACAACAAUUUUAAAUUUUCACUUUAUACAUCUUAUCCUAAAUCCUUCUACUGUCAAUAUAGAAGGAAUCAACCUAAUCUAAAUGAAUAUGCUAAAAGUAAAAUUAAUAACAUUACCGAAGUAUAUAAAACAUAUGAAUUGCAAUUAGUGGAAAAGACCAUUUCAAAAUCUCUAAUGGAGCAACUAGAUCUUAUGACAGUUGUUAUAAGAUUGUUAAUUCCUAACAAUACAGUGUUAUAUAAUGAUUUUGAUGAGUCAAAACAUUUACCUUAUGAUAUUUUAGAAUUUUUUUUCCCUAAAAAUAUAAGUUUUGAAUACUAUAUUUUAAAACGAGAAGAUUACAACGCAACAUUAAUCAAAUACACCGAUAAUGAAGACAUUUUUGCAGAAGAUAUUAGAUUACAUUUUGAAAAAGUAUUCAGUGUUGCGACACCUAUUAUCUUAAAAACAGCUGACGAAAAUAUUGCUGUAUUUUACCAGAACUUAAUAAAUUAUAAAAAAUCGCGAUUACAAACUCAGUUAGAAAUUUUAGACAAUUGUCAAGAAGAAAGUGAGAAUAUAAAAAGUGAUUGGUGGAAAGAAUUUGGUUUGUCAUUAGUGCCAUAUUAUCCUUGUUUAUCAAAUACGUCUGGAACAAGUUAUGGGAAUAUUUGUGUGCUAGGUAAAGAACAAUUUUUUUACAAAUACCAAAAUAACGUAUGUUCAAAAGCAAUCAACAAUAAAUCACAAUCUUUUCUAUCUUCAUUAGGUACAACUAUCAAAUCAGUAUUUUUGAAAAAUGCAAUUUCUGAAACAAUAGAUGACAUUCUAAAUAAACAGCAAAAAUCUAGGCUGACAAUAAGAAAUGUAUUAAAUAAAAUUGAAUUAUUUGAGGAUAUUUGUUUACACAUAAAAGAUCCUGCAUUUCAGUUGACAUUUAUAACAGAAGACAGAAUAAGUGUAUUUGAAAUAAUAAUUAAAUCUUUAAGAGAAAAGACAGAUUUUAAAAUUAAUUCUACCAUAAAUAGUCUUUAUAAGAUAAAAACCUUAAAAUCAAAUUAUUUCAAAAGCAUUGGUACUGUUGGUGAAAACAAUACUCGUUUAAUUUUCGUAAACACCUUAUACAAUCAAAGUGACACUGGUUAUGGUUAUAAGUUUAUUUUUCUAUCUGACGAUGUAUCAAAAAUUGCACAGUUAAGAACUGGUUACGAAUUAAAAGAUGAAAGAUUAUUUACAGAAGGAGACACAGAAAAUGCAAUAAAAAAAUAUAUUGCAUUAAAUAAUGUAAGUUUUCAACCUGAACCUGAUCAUGUUAUGUAUGAAAUUAAUAAUAAACUUUGGCGUAGACCUACUAAACUUAUGUUUUCUGGAAUACCAAUUCAAGCUGACGAUUAUGAUGAGAAAUGUAACGAUGAUAUUAGUUAUUUUGAAAAAUCGAAACUUAAUAAUCUUUGCCGAAGACAACGACGUUUGAGUGAAAAAUCUGUCUUCGAAGAUGAAGCCGUAACAUUUAUUAAAAAUGAGAUAAAUAUUUCUGAAGAAUGGAUACGGAACUUGUUUAAUAAAUACACAUUUCCUGAUAACAUCACUCUAUUGCGAUUUGUUGAUUAUUGGAUGUAUAACAAUACCUUUGAAGCACCUGUUUGGAGUAAAAUCUUUGAAAUUGAGAAUUCUGAUCUUUUAAAAAAAUUAAGAUACGACUCACGUUUUGAAAAACAUGAUAUAUCAAAUUUUGAUGGCGAAUUUAGAAUCAGUGCUCUUUACUCAAAAGCAGAAAGACGUCAAAUUGAGGAAGAAGCACCGUUAAAAAAUAUAAUUAAAGAGUAUAAUCAACAGAAAGCAAGUUAUUCUGUUGCAUUUCAUGAUUACUAUGCAAUACAAAAUUAUGCGACAACAGGAUACACAAGAAUAACAAGAGAUACUCAAGAAGCAAAGCUGAUGAAAAUUGCAUUAUAUAAAUUAGCUAUAAGACAGUCAGACGAUCCGGAGGGGGAGUUCGACUUAAAAUUAUUUAAAGUCGAAACUAAACCAAUUGCAAUUGCCAAAUUAUUUUCUACUCAAAAUAACAUUACUUUGCAAAAAUUUACACAAGCUUCACCAAAUACAGGUUCUGCUAUAAGAUUGGGAGGUUAUCCAGCACCUGGAUGUAUAAACAUUUUGUACGAAAUGGUAUUUAGUAGACCUUAUGUAAGGGCAAAAAUUGAACAAAUUUAUAACAUAAAAGAGAAUAAUGUAAUUCUUCUACCUGGAUCCAAUUUUCUUAUUGUAGAUCGUACAAUGCUAGACAUUGGUGGAUUGGGCAAGGUAUUAAAAGUAAAGCUAAUGUUUCAACAUAUUGAUAAUGAAAAAUAUGUUUGGUACAAAAAUAUCAUGAAUGAAAUUGCACAUAUCAAAUUUUGAAUAUUGUUUGAAGAAUUUUGAAAUUAAGUAUUUUUCUCAUUAAAUUGCUUAUUUUAUAUGGAUAUCUUAGAAUAAAUUAAAUGUUCAUUUA